AGCUCAUAAAAUUAACAAGUAUCGUUCUCGCGGUUUAUCCCCGCUCUUUAUCCGCAUACCAAAUGGCGCUUCCCAAUCUUUGCCAUCUCAAAACCCCACCAAAACCCCUUCUCCCUCAAUUCACCCCCAAAACCCUAAACCCGAGCCCUAACCCUAAUUCUAACUCUUUCUCCCUAUCUUUCCACUUGAAGAAACCCUCGACAAUUCUCAGAUGCUCAGCUUCCGAAGGCGAAUACGAGCAAGAGCGAUCGCUUCACCCUCGGCCUCGAGAGAUCCCAUGGAGCAAAGAUCUAGCCAACUCCGUUCAUCUCAUCGGAAUCGUCGGUGCUCCUGUCCAAAUCAAGCAGCUCAGCAGUGGAAAGGUCCUCGCUUGGACUCGUAUCGGCGUCAAGAAAUCGGCAUCUGAUUCUUCAUGGGUCAAUUUAACAUUCUGGGAUGAGCUAGCUCAUGUAGCUUUUCAGCAUGUUGAGAAAGGCCAGCAAGUAUACGUUUCAGGACGUCUCAUGUCUGAUACUGUACAGGGGGACGAUGAGAAAACACAGGUUUAUUACAAGGUAGUUGUUCAGAAGUUGAAUUAUAUUGAGAAGAGCUACCCUGCAGUGUCAUUGUAUAACCCGGAGUCAAACUCAGUGAGUUCAGAGGGGAAAUUUCAGAACUAUGGGGGCAAUUCUUCUGGUUCAACUGAGAAGCUUUGGCAGGCUUUCUUUGCUAAUCCGGUUGAUUGGUGGGAUAACAGGCAGAAUAAGAGAAAUCCCAGGUACCCAGAUUUCAAGCAUAAAGACACUGGUGAAGCUUUAUGGAUUGAGGGCAAAUUCAACCCACCUUGGGUGAGGUCCCAGCUGGCGAUAUUGGACUCAAGAAUGGGUUCUAUGCAAGCUAAUGAAAAUACUGCUGUUUCUUUUAUGAAUGCUGAUGACUUGACAUCCUUCUAGUAAUACUAUCUGAUAAGAAUGUUGGUAUCAAAUUAUAUGCCAUGUCAAAUCUGGCAUUUUUGGUUCGAUCAACCAAGGCUUACUUGGCAUUCGGUAAUGGUUUGUUAUACCCUACCUGUCAUAUUUGUAACGAGCUCAUCUUGUAUGGAUCUUGGAGACUAUGAUUUUAGAAUGCAGUUGCAUAUUCAUACGCCAAGAAUAUUUUUUUUGUGCUU